AUGAGCUCGCUGUUACCACGAACGUUGCUCAACCGAUUCUACGUCAUGUUACUCGCUGCCAACUGUUGGUCUUCCGUCAUCGUCUAUUCUGCUUUUUUCAAAGGUGACGAAGCACGCAGACGGUUCGUGUGCAUUGUGCUAGAUUGCGUUCUUGAUCUCAUGUCCUGUAUGGGUGUCGAGCUCAUGAUUUUGCUGAGCUACUCAAGCGAUUACGUUGUCGAAAUUCAAGGAUUCUGGGGGUUCCUGUGGCAAAACGAACAGUGGACAGCGCGAGCUCUCAAUGAGUUUCGAAUGGUAGUCGUUGUGUCGUGGUCGGAUUUGAUAAGUCGCGCCUUCUUUUCGUUUGGGUUGGUCUUGACCACUACCAAUAUGAAGGAGCUGCUCGAGCACGUACCACGGAAGAUUCAUCUGCUAUUCGCAGCCUGGGGUCUUGUGGUGCUGGGUCUCCACAUUCACGCAUCAGUUCAACCAUCACUACCGCAGUGCUUAAUGCAAGUGAGACCGUGGACUUCCUCUCGACCAUCAUGCUAUCUUGUGGGUCUUGAUUGCCACACCUUGGCCAUUUCUGGCAAGUCUGACGAAGUGGAAGAUAAAUUCAGCGAGUUUGACGGCUCCACUGUUGUGCAGCUAUUAAUUCGACACUGUCCGGCAUUAGAAAUGGUAGGCUCUAUCAAUGAAUUUCAUGGCGUUCGUGGUAUCAAAGUAUACAACUCGACUAUCAUUGACUGGGGCGAAUCUGCUGCUAUUACGAAUACGAAUCACCCAGAAAUAGUGUCACUGUAUGUUGUUCGUACCAACAUGACAGGUGGAGUAUUGCCAACCGGGUUGCAGUCAAUAGAUUUCCCGCGGAAUUUAUACGACAUUGAAAUAUGCGUAACAAAUCUCAACUCGUUGCCCGACAAUCUCGACUUGAAAUGGAACCACAAUUCGAUCAUCCAGGUGGAAUACGGCCAGCUAUUAAAUGUUCCCUCGAAAUUCCUGCUGAGGUUUUCGAGCUUCCUAAUUUAUUGA